AUGCUCCGCACCACCAUCACCAGGUCUUCCACACGCCUUCGUUUAUGCACUCCCUCCACCCGCCCUUUCUCCCUCUCGACUUCCCACCGCGCAGCCCAGUACCCCAACGACCUAAGCACAAAUUCGAAAACCAAAACAGAUCUCUACGACGGCGAUACACCGCAUGCAGUCCUGGAUAAAGUCCGGGAAGGCGAUACACAUAAUGUGCAUGAGAGCAACGCGAAGGCUGGCUUGGACAGCGCGCACAAGGAGGGUAAAGGUGGUCAUGCGACCGAGCGGAAGGAUUCAGCAGGAGGGAAGGAGACGGCUAAGAAGGAGUUUCCCGAGGCGCCGGAUCCAGCGAUUGGGAUGCAAGAUGAGAGGGGCGGACGGGGUGGUUGA